AUGGCAGCGGGGGAGAAUUUAUGGCAGAAAAUUUUGCGCGAUUGCUCUGUGCGGUCGAAGCUGCCGGUGGUCAACCUUCUGGUGGUCGGAGACGCAGAAAGUGGAAAAUCGGCGCUACUUUCGCGUCUCAAUGAGGCUAAUCUUCUUUCGUCAGAUGCGACCGAUGACGCACAAACCGUAGACAAGGUUUUGGCUUUUAAAACGCUCAACGUUCUGGACCCGCGCGCCAAAGACAGUGGCGAUGAAACCUCUGAGGACUUGAUAGCGCAAAUCAGCUCAUGGAGUCUGAAUGACUUAAGUCUGAAGGAUCUCAUCAAAAUUGCAGUAAAGCCACAAACGCUGCAUACGACAGUGGUGGUAAUUGUGUUGGAUUUAACGCGGCCCUGGACGAUAAAGAACUCACUGGAGCAGUGGCUCUCGGCGCUGGAGGGACAGUUGCUCGAGCAGAUCAAUCUGCUUACACCUGAGACCAGAAAUGAGCUGUACACGGCUAUUAAACAGCACAUUUUGACGUAUGAAGACCCGAGUGUCGAUCACUCGGUGCCAACGCCAAUGGACGUGUCCACGAGUGACUUUAUGGAAGAAGGAGUGCUGUCAAAAAAUUUAGGAGUGCCUCUUGUGUUUGUUGUAGCCAAGGCGGACUUGCGUCCGGAUAUCUCGGUAAAGGUGGACUAUAUUGAGUACACUCUACGUCACUUUGCAAUCCGGUAUGGUGCUUCAUUGAUAUUUACAUCGGCAAAGACGGGGUCGAAUGUGGAUACACUUCGCAAAUAUGUUCUACACCGCGCUUUUCCAUCUCAAUUUAAGCUUACAGAGUCGCCGCACUUACUAGCGGUUCUGUAUACUCUUGGGGCUGGGGAUCGAUGGGACAACUAG